AUGUGUGAUACGUUUUUUUGGAACGUGCGUGGAAUAAAUGAAGUAUCGAAGCAUCGGCCGCUCGCUAACUGGAUAUCUAGUAAACCAGUAUCUUUUGGAGCGCUGCUGGAAACGCAUGUAAGGGAACCUUCUAUAAACCAUAUUCUAUCUACUAUAGCCCCGAAUUGGUCUUGUAUAGCUAACUAUGACCAUUCGGACCUGGGGAAGAUCUGGAUUAUCUAUAAGUCACCCACGAAAGUUAGACUUUUGUUUGAAGACCUGCAGUCAAUUACGGUGGAAGUUACUUUGGAUUCUGGUGAGAGCUUCAUUUAUACGGCUGUCUACGCUUCAAAUGAUUAUGACACCAGAAAGGAGUUAUGGAUUUCUUUACGAGACACCUUUUCAUCUUUCAAUCUCUCUUCACGGCCUUGGAUGGUAAUUGGCGACUUUAAUGAGAUUCUCUCGCCAACCGAAACUUCAAACCCAGCUAUCUUUAGAACUACGUUGGCAAUGAGGAAUUUUGGGGAUUGUCUAGCAGAGGUGGGUCUUUUUGACCUUCCAUUCCAAGGACCGGCGUUUACUUGGACGAAUCAUCAACCAUCCAGUCCAAUUGGCAAAAAGUUAGAUCGUUGUUUGGUGAAUGGAAACUGGCUGUUAAAGUUCCCGACGAGUCAUUGCUCCUUCGAGGCUCCCCUGUUCUCAGACCAUACUCCGUGUGCUAUCAACUUGAUCACCAAGCCCCCAGAUUAUGGAACUAGGCCUUUCAGGUUCUAUAAUAUGAUGUUGAAGCACCCUUCGUUUUUAGAAACUCUAAAAGAGGCUUGGCAGCAAUCAGAAGACACGGUGUCAUCACUAAGCUCUUUUUGCCAUAAGCUGAAAGGAAUGAAAAGACCCAUGAAGACUCUUUGUAAGGAUAAAUACAGUGGGAUUGAAAAAAAGAGUAAAGGAGGCAGAGGAUGA